AUGUCUCUCCCCCCCGUCGGUCCCAGCGGGGCCGCGUCUGCUUCCUUUGUUCCACCAGUUCUUCCUCCGAGCUAUCCAUUCAGCUCCUUCGCUUCGCCUGGCCUCGCCCUCUCUGUGCAGGCGCACGCGCUUCUGCCGCUCGCCUCUUCAGCUUCCGCCGCGUCGGCGCCCCGAAGACGAAGGAAGCGGAAAAUACUGCAGGACUUUCUCGGUUCCACGAGUUCGCGGCCUGCGUCUUCUCGGGUCUCUGCGCUCUCUCCGUCUUCUGCGUCUCCGGCGCCCGCCUCGGUCACUGACCAGAGGUUCCAGUUUUCUUUCGAGCCUUCUCUGGAGCAGCAAAAGCAAGAGGAGGGUCGCCUGCUGAACGAGCAGGGCAUCUCCAGGGCCGACUGCGUGAGCGGACGCCAGUGGGGAAAACACACAGUUGUCUGCAGACACUGGUGGAAAGGCAUGUGCAUGAAGGGCGAAUUCUGCGACUUUCUUCACCAACUGAUCUACCACCGGAUGCCCGCAUGCCGCAAUCAACUGUGCUGUCCAGACACCAGACGAGGCUGCUGUCCCUUCCGCCACGAAGACGGUGGCCCAGCCGGUGCGCCCAAGGCCGUUCCCGGCGCGCCGGCGGCCGGCGACGGCCAUGGCUCUGUCGCGGGAGGGCAGGAGGGCGAGGAGGCGGCGAACGUGUACGGGGCGUCGCUGCCAGACUUCACUUCCACGGAUUAUGUGUCUGGAGGCGCAGGGGCGAGUGGCAAUCAGCAAGAGUGUGUGAACUACUUUCUGGGCUUCUGCAAACACGGACCCAAGUGCCGCCGCAAGCACACAGCGAAAAACCGAAGAGACAUCCCGCCGAUUCUCCCCACAUGGUUCCUCGAUCAGAUUCUGGCGAAUCCGCAAGUGUUUCCGACGGAACUGGACGCCGAGAGUGAAGAGCAGCUGGCUGAGGUGAUCGGUCGCUGUCGGCAGCUUUCUCAGGCGUCUCGGGGCUCUGUCCCAGCACCGCCAGUGUCUUCGCACGCGAAUCUCUCGUCGUUUUCAUCUGUUUCUUCGUGCGGGAAUCUGUCGCGUGGAGGGCUGGAGGCCUCUCGCGGCGUGUCGAGGAGUGAGAGCCAAGCUGGCGCCGGGAAGGAUGGGUCGGCCUUUCGCGGUCCGUUUCCCUCCUCGAUGGCAGGUGCAGGGGCUUCUUCGGCUUGCUUCUCCUCCGGCGCGUUCUCCACGGCUGGGUCUCAGAGAGAGGGCAUCGGGUCUCUCUCUUCGGCGACGCUUCUCGCGCCUUCGACGACCUGCGUGGUGCCGCUCCUCGUUGAUCCGUUCGGCCAUGUCGCCUCACCGCAGAGCACCAAGCGCUUCUUCAUCAUCAAGAGCAACCGGAUGAGCAACAUCUACACGUCGAUACAGCACGGCGUGUGGGCUACGAGCAAGGGCAACUCGCGGAAGCUCAGCAACGCCUUCACCUCCACGGACCAUGUCCUCCUGCUCUUCUCCGCGAACGAAAGCGGAGGCUUCCAGGGUUUCGGCCGCAUGAUGAGUCUCCCCGAUCCCCAACUCUUCCCGGGCAUCUGGGGCCCUGUACAGCUCCGCCUCGGAUCCAACUUCCGGGUCAUGUGGCUCAAACAGUGCAAGAUCGAGUUCGAAGAACUUGGGAAAGUCACCAACCCCUGGAAUGACGACUUGCCGCUUCGAAAAAGCAGAGAUGGAACGGAAGUGCCACCGGCUUUAGGGUCUCUCCUCUGCACAUGGAUGUCCCAGAGACCGUCUGAGGAUUUGCUAGCAGGCACUGGGAUCGAUCCAGCAACCCGCAUCGACCACUCGGCCUUCUUCGCGAUGCUCCUUCAGAACAAGUUACUGUCUGUCCCUCCCUCGGGAACCGUUGAGGGCACACUGCAGCCGACAGCACCCAUCGACUUGCGCCACUGUGAACCGUCGUAGCUUCUGGUGGCGCACAGCGGCAACAUGGGCGCGCCUGGUGGGGACGGGAGGCAAACUGUCGACGACAGAGGAGACGAGAAGACCAAGGAAGAGCUGCGUGGAUGCGAACAGCCGAAGAGGAGGAAAAGGGCAACUCUGCUUCGCGUGCGGGGCUGAAGUUCGUCGUUGUCGCCUAAACAGAGGGCGGGA